UUCGUUUUUUUAUUUUAUCUCUCUCUCUCUCUCUUUCUCUCAUUCGCGAUGGCAGUUGUUCGCGACCGCCGCCAUCUCAACCUCCGUCUCCCCCUCCCGGAACCGUCCGAGCGGCGUCCCCGUUUUCCACUCCCACUUCCGCCGUCCUCCGCCGCCAGGCCUGACGCCAUUGCCCCCGGCGACAUCGAAAAGCUCCACGUCCUCGGCCACGGGAACGGCGGCACAGUCUACAAAGUCCGCCACAAGCGCACCUCCGCACUCUACGCCCUGAAGGUGGUCCACGCCGACUCGGACGCGGCCACGCGGCGGCAGGUCCGGCGAGAGAUGGACAUCCUCCGGCGAACGGAUUCCCCUCACGUGGUCCAGUACCACGGGUUCUUCGAGAAACCCUCUGGUGACGUGGCAAUCCUGAUGGAGUACAUGGAGUUAGGCACGGUUGAGACGCUUCUGAAAAACAACGGCACUUUCUCUGAGGCCCAACUGGCGGCAGUGGCGCGUCAGGUGCUGAGCGGGCUGAGCUACCUCCACGCGCACAAGAUUAUUCACCGCGACAUUAAGCCCUCUAACCUCCUGGUGAACGAGAAGAUGGAGGUCAAGAUCGGGGAUUUUGGUGUGAGCAAAGUGAUGUGUCGAACUCUUGACGCGUGCAAUUCAUACGUAGGAACCUGCGCGUACAUGAGUCCCGAGCGGUUCGACCCGGAUUCCUAUGGCGGGAAUUAUAACGGGUAUGCGGGUGAUAUUUGGAGCUUGGGCUUGACCCUCUUUGAGCUUUACGUGGGCCACUUUCCGUUCCUUCCGAUGGGCCAGAGGCCCGAUUGGGCGACGCUUAUGUGCGCUAUUUGUUUUGGGGAGCCACCCACUUUACCUGAGGGUGCUUCCGAAGAGUUUGGGAGUUUCAUUGGGUGUUGCUUAAUUAAGGAGUCCACUGAACGGUGGACAGCGUCUCAGCUAUUAACGCACCCUUUUCUUCGUUCUCAUUCUUAGCUUUUCUUUCUGUUUUCCGAUUCCAUUUUUGUAAACACCAUCAUUCCCUUUGUAUAUUCUCUCAAUCUACUUCUUCAGUCCUUUUCGGGUAUAAUUUUUGUUCUUCUAAAUCCAUUUUAUCUCUUUCUUAAAUCUUCUGCUGCAUUAUCUGUCUUGUAAAAUCCAAACAAGCUCACUCUCAGCACGUCCCGGGAGUUCUACGAAUGAGAACAAAAUGUAUUAAGUAUAUAACAACUGAUCCUUAAAAGAGUUCGUCUUUAUAUAAGGUGAACGCUUGUUUCAGAAAAUAAUUUGAAUAAGGGUGUGCUCAGUGGAUAUAAUAGAUUAUCAAAGACCAAGACAUAAGAAUGAUAGGAU